AUGAGUUCGAUGAUGGAGAAGCUGAGACGCCUUCGACAGUCCGUGUCUACGAUUCAGCCAAGAGUAUUCGUCGAAACGACUGUACGACUUGCCUUGGCUAGCAUCGUUAAUUUCUAUCUAUCGAGAUUUAUUUUCAGCUAUAAACUCAUACCGACUUUGGAAAAUGCAUUUCAAGCUACUCCUUUAGCAGAAUGGCUGUUCUUCCAAAAGGAUCCGGAUCGGCUGCCAAAAAUGUAUCGGCUGUGGCCUCCACAUGCAUACAUCGAAUUGGCCGCCGUAUUCACCGUGACUUUGUACAUUCUCCUGAAGUAUUUCAUGAUCCCGGAACACGUGUGGCAACUUUUGGGACGUCGAGAUCGACGUGACGGAAGUGGAAGGGUCUGA